AUGAACCAACCCUUAAAAUUCCCCAUUUCCAGUUCAGCUAAUACCAACAUCAUCAUCAGGGAUGUGGAGGUCCGUCGAGACCUGGAGUAUAUCCUCAUAGAUCUCAUCAACAACCUUUCUCGAAGGGAGGACGUCACCUGUCUGAGUUUGACCACGGAUGCGGUAUAUCUAGAUGUGUUCGAAGGAGGAUUGUUUAAAAGGACCUAUGCGUUUCCUAUUAUUAUGACGGUGGUCGACGAAAGUGAGGAUUUAUUUUCGCCAAACUUCUACACAUUGGAAUCUUUGCAACGAGCCAAAAAAGAUGGCUGCAACCUGUACAUUAUUAUCAUAGCUAACGGCCUCCAAGUGUCGCGACUGCUUAAGUUUGGAGAUAAGCAUCGAAUCUUAGACACGCGAGCAAAAUACAUAAUGCUGCAUGACAUCAGGCUCUUCCACAGCGAAUUACAUUACAUUUGGAAGCGGAUCGUCAACGUUUUGUUCCUGAAGUACCAUCGCAAAAUCAUUGGCAACGUGAAGAAUAAAGCCUGGUUUGACGUGUCAACUGUACCCUUCCCAAAUCCCAUAAAGGAGAUCUUCAUAUCCCGUCGAGUUGAUGUUUGGAGGAGUGGCAAGUUCCAUUAUGGAAGGAAUGCCUUCGCAGACAAAACGGGUAACCUUAACGGGGAGAUAUUGAACGUGGUGUACUUAGAUUACGUUCCUUCUCUGAUCGUCACCAAGUCUAAUGAUACAAACAAUGUAGGCGGGGUUGAGAUUGAUAUUCUAAAUACCCUAGCUCAGAAAAUGAAUUUCAAGCCCAAGUUAUACCAGCCUCUCGAUGUGGAAACUCAAAAGUGGGGCCAGAAACAGGCAAACGGGUCGUUCUCUGGUCUCCUAGGUGAAGUGGUUCAUGGCAAAGCAGAUGUAGCCCUUGGCAACCUCCAGUACACGCCGUAUCAUGCUGAAUUAUCUGACCUGAGUAUACCUUACACGACGCAAUGCUGGACCUUUCUUACCCCGGAAGCUUUGACCGAUAAUUCCUGGAAGACUCUUAUUUUGCCUUUUAAGCUCUACAUGUGGAUAGCUGUUCUGCUCGUCUUGCUGGUGACAGGUACCAUCUUCUAUGGAUUGGCAAUGGCAUAUCUACAUUUGCUAAAAUAUGACACUCCAAAGGAAAACGCUGAAAAGGUGGAACAAAAGGGUACUAAACUGGUUGGGCUGUAUUUAUUUAGUGAGACCGUUAACAGCAUUCUCUAUACAUAUGGAAUGUUACUUGUGGUAUCCCUGCCUAAGCUGCCUUCUGGUUGGUCGAUCCGUUUACUUACUGGCUGCUACUGGCUCUACUGCAUAUUACUUGUAGUCUCUUAUAGAGCUAGCAUGACCGCUAUACUCGCUAACCCAGCACCUAGAGUCACAAUAGACACGCUCAAACAACUGGUGGACAGCAAGAUCGCUUGCGGUGGCUGGGGUGAGGAAAAUAAGCGCUUCUUUAAACAAUCUCUGGAUGAAAAGGGACAGAAGAUAGGUGAACGGUUUGAAGUAACGAAUAAUGAAAAGGAGGCUGUCGAUAAAAUCUUCAAAGGAGUAUUCGCCCUCUAUGAUAGUGCUAAUUACUUGAAAUAUCUUAGCGUUAAGAGAAAGAAGGCUUAUACAGAGAGUCAGGACAAUUCGACUAACACAACAGAAGUAGUCCAUGCAACCCAAGUGAGAAAUCUGCAUAUUAUGUCCGACUGUGUGGUAAAUGCACCCAUAUCUAUUGGGUUUCACAAGAAUUCUCCUCUGAAGCCUCUAGCUGACAUUUACUUAAGAAGAAUAGUUGAAGUGGGCUUGGUAGAGAAAUGGCUCAAUGAUGCUAUGUAUAAAAUCAGGUCAGUGGAUGUUGUAGAAGACGAAAUCAAGGCACUGAUAAACUUGAAGAAACUUUACUGUGGUUUCAUAGCUUUGGCCAUCGGAUACACUUUAAGCUUCUUAUGUUUGAUUGGUGAGUUUUUGCAUUGGCACUUUGUGGUUAAAAAAGAUCCAAAUUUCGAUAUCUAUGCUAUUGAUUUGUAUUAUAAAAAUAAAAAU